CGUGCCCUUGCCCGGCGGCGAGGGGGGAAGCCCGGCGUGGCUCUGAGGGCGCGGAGGCCGCCCCUUCGUGUGCGCGCCCCCCCCGCGCCGUCCUCCUCUUCCCCCUCUCCCCCAGCCCCGCCAUGUCCAGCGAGGAGAGCUACCUGGCCAUCCUGCGCUACCUGACCAACGAGCGGGAGCCCUACGCGCCGGGAACGGAGGGCAACGCCAAGCGCAAGAUCCGCAAAGCGGCCGCCUGCUACGUGGUGCGCGGCGGCACCCUCUACUACCAGCGGCGGCAGCGGGACCAGCAGCGCUUCGCCGAGCUCGAGGUGGUGCUGCAGGCCGAGCGCCGCGCCCGCCUCAUCCGCGCCGCCCACCUGGCGCCCGACGGCGCCCACCGCACCCGCCUGCAGACCUGGCAGGGGCUCUCGCAGAAGUACUGGUGGCGAGGUAUUCUUAAGCAGGUUAAAGAUUACAUUAAAGAAUGCAGCAAGUGCCAGCAAAAGCUAGAUCGCUCUAGAUCUCUGUCAGACCCUUCUGAAAUGCUGGAGGAACUAGGACUGGAUGCAAAAUCUCAUGAAGACAGUAAUGAAACAGAUGAUGAAUUGAGUAAUACAGCAUCAAUCCCAGCUGCAUCCCCAAAGCCUGUGAAGAAGAAGCCAAUAGCGAAGCAUGAGCUUGUAUUUGUUGACAGUAAGGGCCUUGUGAAGCAGUCAUCUUCCAAACAUUGUCUGUCAGUCUUAAACCAACUGAAUCAGCAGAGGCUUUCCAAUCAGUUCUGUGAUGUGACUCUGCUGAUUGAAGGAGAGGAGUACAAAGCUCACAAAUCUGUCUUGGCAGCCAACAGCGAGUACUUCCGAGAGCUCUUCAUUGAAAAGGGAGCUGUCUCUAGUCAUGAAGCUGUAGUGGAUCUGUCAGGGUUCUGCAAGUCCAGUUUCCUACCUCUGUUGGAAUUUGCUUAUACUUCAGAAUUAACUUUUGACUUCUGUAGUAUGGCAGAAGUGGCCAUGCUUGCCCGGCAUCUCUUCAUGUCAGAAGUCCUUGAAAUCUGUGAAAAUGUGCACAAACAGAUGGAAGAGAAACAAAUUACAGUGUACCAAAAGGGAGAUAUUCAAACAGUAGAGUCAACACAAAAUUUGCCAGAGCAGACUGAAGUUGGGACGCAGCCCGUGGACGGUGCUGAGCAACCUGAGCUCGCAGCCAAUGAAGUGCCAGUAGCUGUGAAUGGAGCUCCUUCUUCUGCUGGGACAGAGGAGGCAGCAGCACCCCAGCCUGACUUCCUGCCCCCAGAGCCUGCGGAGGCCACUCCAGAUGAUCUUUCGAAGCCUGUGGAGCAGUGUGAAACAACUGAAAAUUACGUCAAGAUGCAGCUGCCGGAGAGCAUUUCAAAUAGCACUGUGUCUGUCAUAAAGGCUGAGCCAUCAGCUGUGGAAGCCAUGGACACAGAAAGUCAAAUGGAAAUUGAGACAGAUCAAAAUGAAAGUGGUAAAGCAAAUGUGGACACCGCUUCUGAAGACUCCUCAGAAACACUCAAGCAAAAACGUGGCAGGCAAAGUAAAGAACAGAGCAUUCCAGUUUCACAACCCGAAAGUUUAGCUUCCAGCCAAGAUGAUACUUACAAAAGCAAGCUUCGCCAGCGUUCUGUUAGUGAAGGGGGAUAUAUCAGAUUACAUAAAGGAAUUGAAAAAAAACUGCAAAAUAGAAAGACAAAUCCUAAAUCUGCAAUUCAGCAGGUUGCCAUGAAGCUGGUACAAAGAGGGAAAAAAAUGAAACAGCCCAGAAGAGAUACCACAGAAAAUAAUGAAGUAGAAGCUCAGCACAAAUGCACUGAGUGUGGAAUGGUGUUCCAGCGGCGCUAUGCACUUAUAAUGCACACACUGAAACAUGAAAGAUCUAAAGAUUAUAAAUGCCCAUUGUGUAAAAAAGAAUUCCAGUAUGGUGCCUCCCUGCGAGCCCAUCUUGUCCGGCACACUCGGAAGACUGAAGUGAACACUGCAGCUGCUAGUGUAGAAGAGACAGGCGUGUCUUCGGUGAAAGGGAGAACUAAACGGGAAUUUAUAUGUGAUAUAUGUGGGAGAACUCUACCCAAGCUCUAUUCUCUCAGAAUACAUAUGCUCAAACACACAGGUGUAAAACCACAUGCAUGCAAGGUUUGUGGAAAGACCUUUACAUAUAAGCAUGGAUUAAAAAUGCACUUAGCUCUCCAUGAAGUACAGAAACAGUUCAAGUGUGACUUGUGUGAGAAGUCUUUUGUCACAAAAAGAAGUCUUCAGGAACACAUGAGCAUUCAUACAGGAGAAUCCAAGUAUCUUUGCUCCAUCUGUGGAAAAUCUUUCCAUAGGGCAUCAGGACUCAGUAAACACAUAAAGAAGCACCAGCCAAAGCCUGAAGUUCGUGGAUAUCAGUGUACUCAGUGUGAAAAGAGUUUCUAUGAAGCUCGAGAUCUUCGGCAGCAUAUGAAUAAACAUUUAGGUGUGAAGCCAUUUCAAUGUCAGUUCUGUGGAAAAUGUUACAGUUGGAAGAAAGACUGGUAUUCUCAUGUAAAGUCUCAUUCUGUCACAGACCCUUAUAGGUGUAAUAUAUGUGGUAAAGAAUUUUAUGAGAAAGCUUUGUACAGAAGACAUGUAAAGAAAGCCACACAUGGUAAAAAAGGAAGAGCAAAACAAAAUCUGGAACGAGUUUGUGAGCAUUGUGGAAGAAAAUUCACACAACUCCGGGAAUAUAGGAGGCACAUGAACAAUCAUGAAGGUGUGAAGCCAUUUGAAUGUCUAACUUGCGGAGUAGCCUGGGCUGAUGCACGUUCAUUGAAGCGUCACGUGAGGACGCAUACUGGAGAACGACCGUAUGUCUGUCCAGUGUGCAACGAAGCUUACAUAGAUGCCCGGACGCUACGGAAGCACAUGACCAAGUUUCACAGGGACUACGUACCCUGCAAAAUUAUGCUGGAAAAAGAUACUCUUCAGUUUCAUAACCAGGGGACGCAGGUGGAGCAUGCCAUCAGCAUUGUAGCAGCAGACAUGCAGGAACAAGAAACUGAGAUUAGCGUUGGUGGUGGUGAGAUUGAGACUGUGGUAGUGACAGGAGAGACGCUUGAAGCCAUCGAAGCAGUUGCAGCUACUGAGGAAUGUACAUCAGUCUCUACUCUUUCUGACCAAAGCAUCAUGCAGGUGGUAAAUUAUGUAUUGGCUCAACAGCAAGGACAGAAAAUGGCUGAAGUGACACAGGCCAUUGAAACUGUCGAAGUAGAAGUGGCCCAUGUUACAAAGACAGACUGAAUAUCGUAUAUGAGAGAGCAAGAAGGGUGAGGUCUUAUGAUCUGUGAGAGCAAAGUAUUUAACUGGGUAUCUGAGGCUUACAGUGAUGCCUGUUUUCAAACAGUUAAUCCCCAGUACUGAAUGUCUUGGUGACGAAAUACUGCACCAUGUGUUACAGGGAAAAAGUUAAGAUGCUUCAGUGUGGGCCAAGGCUUUGAAGGCAGAUUUCCGCACUGGCCAUAACUGUAAAAAAAAAAAAAAAAAAAAAAAAAAAAUUUGGAAUAAUAAUGUUUUCUGUGUCAUGGAGUAAGUAUCAUGCUGUAACUUUUACAAAAACGAAAAGGAAAAAAAAAUUUAAAGACGCUGCACUAAAAAAUAGAAAUGCACAGCUAUUGGUAGCAUUUUUUUUUACUUUUGUUUCUGUGUGCAUUUCAUCAAGUUUGUAAGCAAAUUACCUGUAUUGGAUUCUGCCUGUUUACUCCCCAAGACAAGGGGGUGUUAGAAUGCUUCAUGCAGCGUAUGCUUCAUGCGACACACAGAAAAUCUCAGGCUUUUUUCUUUGCUUAGAUGCACCAUCAGCACUUAGUGAAUCCCAGGUCUGAAGAAGUUAUUUAAAUUCCAGGUUGGUGGAUGGCAGGUCCAAGGUUCAGCAAAAUGCUGUAUAAUGUUUUACAGAUGAUGGGCAGGGGUCCACUGAAGUCAGAGGAAGUGGUUCUCUGAGAUGGAUUGUGAAUUUAAGUUGACCAGAGCACAGCCCACUGCAGGGAGAUUACUUAAAGAAGUAAACUGCUUUUUAUUUGUAAGCAAGGAGCUUACACUUAAGCCUCUAUGCACAACCAUGUUUCAUUUAAUGUUUGGUUGCAUAAAGGAAGAUAUUGCCUGCAUUGUUGUAUGUAUCCAAAGCAGGCAACCUAAUGAUGGAUGUUUCUAAUUUUGCAUUACACUUGAUGUAGAAACUCUCAAAUGAAAAAGGUGUAAUGGCAUACUUGGGAAUAUAAAUAUACUGAAGAAGUCCCGCUAGUUAACAAACCGAUCUUGUCUUGUAUUGUGUUGAAAGGAGGAGCCCUGCUAAUUCCCAAAUGGGACACAUAGCAAUAUCAGGAUAGAGAACUAUGAAAAUCAUAGUAUGGGGUAAAAAUUAAAUUUGUCUCAAAAUUACCAGAGUCUCCAGAAGACCUUACUACUGCUGCAGUAGGAAAAUGCUUCUAGAGCAAACUAAUUACCUGGUGUUACACCACAUAGAUGGAAGAAUUCUUACUAGGUGUUCCUGUGAGUAAGCAUGAAUCACAGCCACGCUUGGCCCAAGUUUAAACGUCCCUGAUUUAAUACCACGAACAGUGUGCUGCUUAAUCUGUACGAGGUGUGGGUUCUUCCGCUGUUCUUUCCUUGGGUGUUUUUUUAAGCAAGAAGCAUGUCUGUCAAGGUAACUGAAUGUGCUAUGCACAUGAACAAUCAGAACUGUAUUCUUUAAAUUGUUCUCAGUCUAUAGUAUUAUCAAACGUUUCCCCACUUUGACAGCAGCAAGAUACCCAAGGAGCCAGAAGCCUGUAAUAUUGCAGGGUAAACUUCAUAAAUAAAGUUACAUGCAUGUAACUCUGUGCUACCUAUGAAAUGGAUCCACUGAACAAAGUUUAAGCAAACCCUGUGACAAAUUAACCACCUCAUUUGAAUUAGUAUUUCUACCUUUCAUCUUACUUAACUGAGUAUCUGUCUACCAAGCUACAGAAUGGACUGUUCUUUUUUUAUACUUUGCAAGCAUGUAGAUAAGCAGUUGUUGAAAAUUUUUUAAGCAAUACGUAGUUUGAGUUCCUGCCUUGGAUCCAAAUUAAUCUGUAGAUGACUAUUUCAAAGGUCAAGGUCUUCCCACAGAGAAGUAAUGUAGUUAUUUAUACAUUCUGCAGCUCUUUACAAUUGUAUUCUUUUCUAAUUACCAAAUGGAGUAAAACUAAGAUGAAUAAUUUAAAAAAAAAAAAAUAUUGCUAGCUGUAAGUCUUGAAUUUUUGUAUGGUCAAGAAUCUGGAGAUAGCCAUCCUGCUUAAAAUUAAAAUACUGCCAUUGCAAUGGAAAAAGAUUUAAAAGAGCGCUAGGUAAACUUUAAAAUUUACUUCAGUGUUUGUAUCUUACAAAUAAUUAUGUAUUACUGAGGAAAUGUUCAAGGAAAAAUAGCUGUAAAUAGUGCUAGAACAUUAUUUGUAUAUUUAGUGUGUUACCUUACAGAAAGAAUAUUACCAGCACCUUAGUUUAAUCUUUGGUGCACUUAUUUAUUUGCCCAACUUAUAGAAGAAGCAGAAUUGAAUCUGAAUUUCAGAGCAUUGUUACCCACUGUAAAAAUGCUUUAACUGACUUGAUGGCCUGCCAUUUAAAAACAAACAAACAAAAAAUUACAAAAGGUUGUUUCCUAAACAAGACUCAGCCAGGAACAUCAAAGCUGAAUGUUGUGGCACCCCUUUCCUAACAUACUGUGCCUUACCUUUUCAGAACAGCAUGAGGUAAGUAGGGAGUGUCACUCUUAGCUUUGCUGUUCCCGUAUGUGUGAAGUUGCCUUAUGUUUUUCUUUAGGCUUCAGCUCUUAAUUUAAGAUGUUCACAACCCUUCUGCAAUCUGUUUGAAGUCAGACUGCAACUAUGCAGUUGAUACUAAUUUAAUUUGAUUUUUUUAAAAUAAAGUUAAUAAGAAGUGUCUGUUUAUAAAGUA